AUGUUUCGAACUGCUUUGAAGGCUUCCAACCCGCUAAGGGCGAAUUUUCAUCAUGUGCCAAUCUUGCGGUCUGAUUCCAAUGCGACGGCGCCCACUUCAGACAAAACUCCGGUUGGUGCAGCCGAUAAUGCGGAAACACCUGCCCAGGACCAAUUGAAGCCAGCGGCAAGAGAGAAGGAGACGAUAAUCGAUGCAGCGCCAGUUGCAGACGAAUCUUCCUCAGAUCCGCCUCCUAGUGAUACACCACGCGCGAAGCAAGCCACCAAGGCCAAGAAUAAGCCGCCGAAGAAGAAGAAGAAGAAGGGAACACCAGCAGCCGGUCCUGCUCCGAAAAGGGUACCCGGACCGGCCAGACCAGCGCAGAAGCCAGUUGCGAAGGCCAAUUCUUCGGAGAACAAUGCGGAAACAGUCUCUACUCCUCAUGACUCUCGUCGUGGGAUCCAAAAAGUAACUGAUAUUUUGAGAAGGAAAGGUGCCGAGAAGGGUUACGAUGAUAGGCAGAAUGGGGUCAUUGGAGCAAAGGAUCAAGAGCUCACAGCUCUCGAUUUGCCAGAAUUCCCUACAGCUCCCGUACCCGGUUUGGCCUACGGUCUUGACCGGGUGCUUUUCAAUCCUGGUGUUUACCACCUGCGUGAUCCGAGAUCUCGAGUAUAUAACUUUGACCCAUAUCUUGGCUCGAUUAUGCCUGUUGACGAAUUUGACUUCGAUCUUCUAAAAGAAUAUAUUACCUCGUCAAAAGACAAGACCCUCAAGGACCUGGCAGUCCAAGUCGAUAAGAAGUACCGAGGAUCUUCUUCCAGUAUGACUGCAGUUCUUGCUCACUUCCAUUUCCUCUUAUCGGCUUGGCGACCUGUCGACACCCGGAUGCUCUCGCAGGGUUUCCAAGAGAACCUGCGCUCCUUUGCUAGGUUCCUUCGUGCCCCAGCGGCUGUAUUCCUUCAUUACAAAGACGGAAAAUAUGCCGUUGAUGCAGACAAGGAAUAUGAUACUGGAAACAUCCUCAUGGAACUUGGGAAGUCCAUGGAGAAGCUUCUUACCAUGCCCAAAGAGGAGUUUGAGAGGUACCGCCGGUCUCACAAAAACAAAGUGUCCGCCGAGGAGGAGGAAGCCAUUCCUGAAUCAUACCACUACUCUACAAUUGGCAACUUUGCCAUGCGAUCCCAAUUAGAUGCCUAUGAUCCUCGACUUCCAGGAACAGGCAUGUUCGAUUUGAAGACGCGUGCGGUAAGCUCGAUUCGCGCCGAUGCCAGGAACUUCGAGCACGGCCUCGGCUACGAGAUCCGAAGCCAAUUCGGCCUAUACGAGUCUUAUGAGCGGGAAUACUUCGAUAUGAUCCGCGCCGCCUUCCUUAAAUACUCCCUGCAAGUGCGGAUCGGUCGUAUGAACGGCAUCUUUGUCGCACACCACAACAUCGAGCGCAUCUUCGGCUUCCAAUACAUCAGCUUGUCCGAGAUGGACCUUGCUCUGCACGGACAAGCAGACACCAGCCUCGGCGACAGAGAAUUCCAGCUCAGCAUGGACCUCUGGAGCAAGGUCAUGGACAAGGCCACGGCGCGAUUCCCCGAACAGACGCUGCGCCUCCACUUUGAAACGCGUCCUGCCAAGCCAGACUUCAUGUACAUUUUCGCUGAGCCUGUCACUGACGCGCAGAUCGAAGAAAUCCAACGCAAGAGCAAGACCGAGCUCGAGGCGUACCGGAAGCGUAUCCUGAACAUCGAAUCAUCUAAAUCUGAUCAGAAAUCUACCGCACCUGCUCCUCCCAAGCCGUCCGACUCAGAGUCAGAUGAAAUGGAGGAAUGGGACGAGAUGGCGACUGCUGCCCAGCCCGAGCCUAAGAACACCGAUGCAAAUGGCCCGGUAUACGGAAUGGUCUUGUCCAUUCAGAAUGUCGUAAAUGGCAUUCAUCUUGAGCGACCGAACCUUCUCAGAGAGAAAGAUACUUGGGACGUCGAGUACGAACUCUGUGACAUGGUUGACAGCCAUGCCCGCUCAGUAUACAAGGAGGUUCGUGAACGUCGACGCAAGGACCUCGACAAAGGCGAGACCGAUGCCGUGGCGGCGAACGCGUUCCAUAACUCCCGCCUUCGGGCGAUUGCGAAGAAGGGACAAGAGUUCCGCAAGAUUCAAGACAUGCUUGAUGAGAAGGAGGGUAUCAUUGUUUUCGAGUCUCUCUCUAAUAAGAAGGAUUGA